GCCGGGUCCGGUCGGCCGCCCGAGCUGCACGCGUCGGUGCGCCCCGCCGUAGCCGCAGCGCCUUGCGAGCACGCACCGAGCCGCCGCCGCCGCCACCGCCGACGCCUCAGCGACGCCGGGGGCGCUGGUCGCAGCGCGACGAGACGGGGGCAUGGGCGAGCGCCGCCCCCAGUAGCGAGAGCCGAGCCGGCAUGGCGGCCGCGCUGCCGCCGAUGCUGCUGCUGCUGCUGCUGCUGCACCAUCCGGCCGCGGCGAACCCGGACGCCAAGCGUCUGUACGACGACCUGCUGUCCAACUACAACCGGCUCAUCCGGCCCGUCAGCAACAACACGGACACGGUGCUCGUCAAGCUGGGCCUGCGCCUGUCGCAGCUCAUCGACCUGGUAGGUACCCGGCGCCCGCCAGCCUGCCCGCCGCGGCGUCGCAUCUGCCCGCCACACGAGCUGCUGCGUCAGCCCAGUCUCCAGCGGGGGCGGGGUGAGGCCGCAGGGCCGCCGCCAGCCCUUCAGCGCGGCCCUUUGUCGGCCCUGCAUGCCAAAUUAGCCGCCCAAACCCGCGGGCGGGAACACCUGUUAAACUCCGCUAUUGUCGGUCAACUCCCCCGUGCAAAUCCGUACACACACAGCGGCGGCGCCUAAGAUGAAGAACCUGAAGGAUCAGAUCCUUACCACCAACGUCUGGUUGGAGCACGAAUGGCAGGACCACAAGUUCCGAUGGGACCCGGCGGAGUACGGAGGCGUGACGGAGCUGUACGUCCCUUCGGAGCACAUCUGGCUGCCCGACAUCGUCCUGUACAACAACGCUGACGGCGAGUACGUGGUCACGACCAUGACUAAAGCGGUGCUGCACCACACGGGCAAGGUCGUCUGGACGCCGCCCGCCAUCUUCAAGUCGUCCUGCGAGAUCGACGUCCGCUACUUCCCGUUCGACCAGCAGACGUGCUUCAUGAAGUUCGGCUCCUGGACCUACGACGGAGACCAGAUCGACCUGAAGCACAUAAACCAGAAGUACGACGACAACAAGGUGAAGGUGGGCAUCGACCUGCGCGAGUACUACCCCAGCGUCGAAUGGGACAUCCUGGGCGUGCCUGCAGAGCGCCACGAAAAGUACUAUCCCUGCUGCGCAGAACCCUACCCAGACAUCUUCUUCAACAUCACGCUGCGCCGCAAGACGCUGUUCUACACGGUCAACCUGAUCGUGCCGUGCGUCGGCAUCUCGUACCUCUCGGUGCUGGUGUUCUACCUGCCGGCCGACUCGGGCGAGAAGAUCGCGCUCUGCAUCUCGAUCCUGCUGUCGCAGACCAUGUUCUUCCUGCUCAUCUCCGAGAUCAUCCCGUCCACGUCGCUGGCGCUGCCGCUGCUCGGCAAGUACCUGCUCUUCACCAUGGUGCUCGUCGGGCUGUCCGUCGUCAUCACCAUCAUGGUGCUGAACGUGCACUACCGCAAGCCCAGCACGCACAAGAUGGCGCCCUGGGUCAGAAAGGUGUUCAUCCGGCGGCUGCCGAAGCUGCUGCUGAUGCGCGUGCCCGAGCAGCUGCUGGCCGACCUGGCGAGCAAGCGGCUGCUGCGGCACGCGCACAACUCCAAGCUGAGCGCGGCGGCGGCGGCGGCGGUGGCGGCGGCGGCCGCCUCCUCGUCGGCCGCCUCGUCGCCCGACUCGCUGCGCCACCACCUGCACCAGCACCAGCACCAGCACCACCUGCAACUGCACCACCUGCAGCGGCCCGGCGGCUGCAACGGCCUGCACAGCGCCACCAACCGCUUCGGCGGCAGCGCCGGCGCCUUCGGCGGCCUGCCCUCCGUCGUCGGGCUCGACGGCUCCCUCAGCGACGUCGCCACGCGCAAGAAGUACCCCUUCGAGCUGGAGAAGGCCAUCCACAACGUGCUCUUCAUCCAGAACCACAUGCAGCGCCAGGACGAGUUCGACGCCGAGGACCAGGAUUGGGGCUUCGUGGCGAUGGUGCUGGACCGGCUGUUCCUGUGGAUCUUCACCAUCGCCUCCAUCGUGGGCACCUUCGCCAUCCUGUGCGAGGCUCCAGCUCUGUACGACGACACGAAGCCCAUCGACAUGGAGCUGUCGUCGGUGGCCCAGCAGCAGUUCCUGCCGGACAUCGAUUUCUAGUCGACCACCGUCGACUCCCGACCCUCUUAAGGCGCGGGCUCCACGAGACGUGUGUUUGCGACGAGCUGACACCCCCGAGAUCUGGGAUCACGACGAGGGCGAACGGCACCAAGAUCGAAAAAUAAAAGCAGUCUGCUUUUGUGCUGAAUCUGUCUACACCAGCGAAUCGUAGUAAUGCUAGUGGACUCCGCUGCCAGUUUACGCUGUCGUGUUGACCCAUAUUUCAGUCAGCGUGGAGCUGACUAUCUGACAGUCUGAAACUUAAUCCAGUUACCUCCACCUGAAGCCAAAGAUAUUUCAUUAUUGCGAGAUGGUGUGUCCCAUGCCACUCCGUAAUUCACAAUAUACGAAGAAUCACACCACUGCUGUGUUGCAAGUAACUUCAAAAAUUGAUUACUGGUUGAAUAUGAAAACCAUGCGGGUAAAAGGUCCUUAGUCUUUUGACAUCAGUGAAGUUUCCUUCCACUGGGAAUAUGUUAGAUCUCUGCUGUAUCUUAUAACAGCUCAACAGAAUAUUUUACAAUAGAUACAGUGAUGGACACCGUAAAUAGGUACCAGUUUUUAAACUGUAACCCCCUAUUCAGAACUUGUUUCUGAAUUUCCAUAUCAGAAUUACAUUGAGACAAGAGUUUUGUAUUUCAGGUAUGGAGUGAAUGAGCUUUAUACUUGGGGCUUCUGACUUAAUGGACCCGUAUGUGACACAGGUAUUCGAAUGGUACAUAAAUAAUUUAAGCAUUUUUCAUACAUCAUCGUCAUCGUUCAUGAAACAGCUGUUU